CCUCCCUCUCCUCCCCCACUCCCACCGGCGUGCACGCGCAGCGGGCUCCGGCAGCUAGCGGGCAGAAUGCUAGCAAGCGAGCAGCAGUUCAAGAAGAAAAUGGCGAUCACGCAGGACGAAUGCUUCCCUCACUAGAUGCUGCAAAUGCGUUGAAUUUCUCUUUUUUUGUAGCCUUACCAGUCGGCUUUCCUCUUCCACUCUGUUGCACUUUAUACUUCAAUGAGAUUCGGAAUUGGAAGCCUUGCCACCAAAGAAACUGAAGCAUCUUAACAGGUCGGGAAUCCACCCACAGAUGGACAGACUGUGGAUGGAAAAGAGCGAGAAACAGAAUGUGUGACAAGGAAGGAGGAUAAUAAUAUUAUACAGGACUCGACAAAAGGACCUGUGAAAGCAAAGUCCUUCAUCCAAACAGCAUUCCCCUUCCCAAACACACACACACACACAUUCAGUGUUCAGCAAGUCGUCAGCAAUGCCAAGGGGGCCUGAUCCGCCAGUUGCCCACUCUGAACAACCCGGCCUCUUCACCCCAGACCCUUGAGGCCGUACCUGCUAAUUCCGUUACUCCCUCGUCAACCUGGGAACCAGAGGAAACCAGUUCUCCUUUCAGCCCGGAGAGGCCCUCCAGCCAAAUCAGGAGCUGCAGCCCUGUGCUCCCCUCACAGGCAUGGCUCCCAUUCGGGAUUCCGUCAGCCAUUCCCCUAAUCAAACAGGGCUGGAACAUCCUGGCUUGGACUCUCAGUAUGAGCCGUCCCCCUGGUCUUCAGGCUCUCCCUGCAGCAGUGAUGGCAAGAGCAACUGGGGUAAAGUCCUAGUGGACGGAAGCACAGACAAAGCCAAGGACCCCUCCUCGACCAAUUCUUCUGUCUGGCCCCCUUCCUCUUCUUCCUUCUCGUGCUCCUCCUCUUCUUCCUCCUCCGGCUGUGGGUCGGGAUCAGACCCCGAGUUGGCUUCAGAAUGCAUGGACGCCGACUCUAGCCCCUCGACUGGCUCAGAGCAAAACUUUGUCUUGGCGACUGGGAUGAUGUCAGCGAAUGCUUCGUCCGCGGUGUCUUCGCCGACGUUCACUCCCUCCUCUGCAAUGAUGGUUGGUGUUUCGCUGAACGCAGACAGCAAUGGCAAUAGUCGUCAGGUUAAUGGAGCAAUCUGUGGUGCAAAUAACGGAAAUAGCAACAUAACCGGACCCUCGCACUUGUCUGCGGCGGGGUCCGGCAGUAUUGACAGCAAUAACAUGGGUAACCACAACAAGCUCGUUAAUAACGGCAGCGUUUGGGGCGCCCAGCCAGGCAACGCCAUGAUGACUUCCAGCGGGAGCACCACCUUCAUAAAUGGAGGCUCCACUCCAAAUGCCAACCAUGGUGCCUGGUCGCAGAAUCCAACCCCAAGCCCGUUGUCCCAGAGCCAACGGCCUCCACAGCCUCAGGGGAUGAAUUCAAAACUGGGUAUAGCGCCCCAACAUGGCCCCUUGCUGGGAUGGGGUGGCAUGGCAGCUCCAGACAACAUGAUGGAAGACACUGAGGUGAAAAAUGGUACAUCAAGCAGCAAUGUUUUGGGAAGCAGCAACAGUGGAAAUGGUGGCCUGCAGCCUGCCAGCCUUAACACUGAAUCCCACGGACCAAAUAACACUAUGACGAUGAAUACUACUUCUACUACUACUACUACUACUACUAACACAACAAUGACCUCCAGCCCACCAAACUCUAUGGCCUCACCCCAGAUGAGCGGAGAAUGUUCCUGGGGGUCCAUUGGAAGAGGUCUGCUGCCCAAUGGAAAUACUUCAUCAGCCCCCAAGUGUUCCCAAGGAGAGACCAGGAGCCCUGGAACCUAUAGUACGCCUUGGGAUGAAUCGACCUAUUCUGGAGAUAAGGGUCCCCCAAAUUCAGACACUGUGAACCCACAAAACUCUGCCUCAAUGCAGGCGGAGAGCUCCCAAAUGUCCUCUACUGCUGCUUUUAAGAGUAAUGAUCACCACCACAACACUGGCGCACCACGCUGGGAUCUGGGGCCUGCCAGUAACCCCAAUCAGUGGGUUGGGGGUGUCAGUUCAAAUCAAAUCCCAGGCUCUACAGGACAGACGCCAGGAACUGUGAACCAAACUGCCAUGGGCGCUACUUUAGGUGUACCUCGCCCGUGGGGGAGCAGUGCGUCUUCUUCCUCCUCUUCCUCGUCGUCAUCCCACAAGAUGUCAACAGCAGAGUGGGGAGCCCCCCGUGGCAACAACCAUUCAGAUGCUGAAAGUCAUAAAGGAAGUGCUGCUAACGGCUGGAAAAGCCUGGAGGAUGAUGCCAUGGGCAUGGGCGGUGGAGGGCCUGGAGGCGCGAGUCCGGCAGGCGUGACAGGAGGCUGGGGUCGCUCCGGAGGAAGUGAGGGAAGUGGGGAGAGCUCUGGAGGCCAAUCCAGCUCAGAUAGAGAAGGCAGCCUGUCAAAGGGAGGGAACCGAAGAAAGGUCAACAACACAACGCCAUUCUUAUCAGUUCCGAGUAAGACUGACGUAGAUCCAAGGGUCUUAUCGAACACUGGAUGGGGCCAAACACCCAUACGACAGAACACCGCCUGGGACGUCAAUCCUCCCACCAUCAAUCAGCCGCUGCCUCCCAGACCAGAUGACAGAAAGCAGAGCUCUGGCUGGGGAACCGCAGCUCCCAGCCAGACCUCUGGCGGUCCUGGCUGGGGAGGCGGUCCAGGUUGCGCCGGCUCUGAUACAGCAAACACUGGUUGGGGUGAACAGAGACCGACUUCCGGGUGGGACAGCAAGGGCCCGUCCAGCGGAGGUGGCUGGGAGGAUGGAUCCGGUUACAAAGGGAAGAACUCAAUGAAGAACGUCAGCAAAGAUGACAGAUCCAAUACUUGGACUAAUGUGCCCAAACCACAGCAAAGCUGGGGUUGCAACAGUGGAAAUGGAGAUGAGGGCUGGAGCACUGGUGGAGACAGUGCAAGAUCAGGGUCUAACAACCACUGGGGAGAACCUCACAAAGGGUCUGGUUCCGCAGGCUGGGAUAGCGACAGCGAUCGCUCUGGCUCUGGAUGCUGGAGCGAGCCAGGUCGAACCAAUAACUGGGGAGGAAGCGGUGGAUCAAAUACCCCAGACCAGAGCACUCCGAACCCGGGCUCGAAUUGGGGAGACCCUGUUCACAAACCCAACCUUCAAAAUAAAAGCCAGGGUUGGGGAGAGCCAGUGAAGAACCAGCAGGGUGUCCAGACCUGGGGAGACGCCAGUUCUAAGCCCUCUCAUACUUCCAACGAGUGGGGGAAAGGACCUGACUCCAACAUGUCGAGAGGAAACAACAAGCCCACAGGCUGGUUGGGUGGUCCCAUCCCAACGAUGGGUCAGAAGGGCGAAGCGGCCACUGGCUGGGAGGAGCCUUCUCCAGAGUCCAUCCGUCGAAGGAUGGAGAUUGAUGAUGGCACUGCAGCUUGGGGAGAUCCCGGUAAACAAAAUGGUGGCUCUGUCAACAUGUGGAACAGAACCAGCCAGUCAGACAAGGAAAGCAUGAGUCCAUCGUCUCAACACCCAUCCCAUAGCUCGACACAUCCUUCUCAGCCCAUGCAGCCUCAUGGCCAAGACAAAAGUGGCGGAUCUGGCUGGGGCGAGCCUUAUGCUCAGCAGAAAGAGUCUUCUUCAUGGGGGGAGCCCAUGUCUGUUACCGUGGACAAUGGAACGUCCGCCUGGGGGAAGCCAGUGGACAGUAACCCUGGCUGGAAAGAACCCACCCGGGACAACAGAGAACCUGCAUGUGGAUGGGAAGGCCGUCAUAAGUCUGGUCUAGGUUCGAAGCCAAUGGAGACCUGGUGUGGAGAGGAGGUGUCUAUGAGUAACAGUUGGGACCAGGAAGAGGAAGUAGAGAUUGGCAUGUGGACUAACAACCCACAUGACAACAGGUCACAUGACCAAAACACCUGGCACUACAAGAAUCGAGGAUCCAGCAAGAUGAUGAAGCCAAUCAACAAACCAGAUGAGCCAUGGAUGAAACCCUUCAUGAACCAGUUCAACAACAUGAGCUUUUCUCGAGACUCUCCUGAUGACUGCAUGAAAAGUGGGGCAGGGAUGGUGCAGGACAAGCGCAUGGACUCCAUGGGAGAUUUUAACGGCAUGAUGGCCAAGAUCCCCGGGUCUCAACACCAGCUUUCCAAAGAGUCCAACAUGGAUCGCAGCUCCUAUUAUGACAAGCUGUCGGUUUCCCUCCCUGCUUCUGACCAGCACUGCUCCAGUCAGAGCAUGAGCAUUUCCCCUUCCAACUGUGCUCAGCUUGCCCCAUGUCAUCACUCUGAGACAUCUCCUGCCCACUCUAGUGCUGGUGUUUCUCAGCAGAAUGUAAACUCUAUGUUGGGUAGCAGCAGCUUAGCACAAGGCCGUGGUGGACUGCACUCACAGCUCCCGCAUCCUAACUAUCGUAACCAAGUGCCUCCUCCCAUCCUCCCCCCUCAGGUGCCUCCAUCCCUGCUGAAAUACCCAGGAGGCAAUGGAGCCCUCAACCCUCUGCUCGGCCCUCAGCAGGUCGCUGUGCUCAACCAACUCUCCCAACUCAACCAACUCAACCAACUCAGCCAGCUGUCUCAGCUCAACCAGUUGCAGCGUCUUCUCCUCCAGCAGCAGCAGCAGCAGCAGCAGCAGCAGCAGCAGCAGCAGCAGCAGCAGCAGCAGCAGCAGCAGAAGGCUCAGAGCCAGAGAGUCAUGCCUGUGGGACGACCGCCUGAUCAGAUGCGUCCUAUUGGUUCAUCUCCAUCCAUGAUGCAGCCCCCGCGACACCUGGACCCUUCUCUGCUGAAACAGUCCCCGGCCCUGAAACCGUACCUGGAGAACUACUUGCCCCACAACAGUCCUGACCUGCAGAAGGAUGCUUCCUCUCUCGGAUCCUUCAGCAACUUCCCUUUAAGCUUGAACUCUAACCUGAAUGUAUCCCUGGACUUGGGUGUUGGUACUACUGCUGGUGGAGCUUUGGGCUACAAAGAGCCACCCCAGUCCAGACUGAAGAAACUGUGGGUUGCUGACCCUCUGGAGCAGAACAGCAAAUCAGGUGCUAUUUCGUCAGGCAUGCGUCUGGAGGACUCCUUUUAUGACUUCCUUCCACCCCCUUUAAGUCCCGCCGGCCAAUCAAUGGGCUCGGUGGGUGACGGCUGGCCGCCCCGUGCCAACUCCCCCCUCCCCCACGGAAACACAGUCACCUGGCCCCCAGAAUUCCGACCCGGAGAACCUUGGAAAGGUUACCCCAACAUUGACCCUGAGACUGACCCUUACGUGACUCCUGGUAGUGUCAUCAAUAACCUCUCCAUCAACACCGUCCGUGACACAGACCACCUCAGGGACAGGAGCAAUGGGCCAUCCUCAUCACUGAACACCACGAUGCCUUCUAACAGUGCCUGGUCAUCCAUUCGUGCCUCCAGCCACAGCGGUUCCCUCACCAGUACAGCACAAAGCACUUCAGCCAGAUCCAGUGAGUCUAAGUGGUCUCCCAGCGCUGGUUCCGUGUCUAACUCCUCUCUGGCCCACGAGCUGUGGAAGGUCCCCCUGCCUUCUAAGGCGCUGUCUGUGGCGGCCCCCUCCAGACCGCCACCUGGCCUCACCAGUCAGAAGCCCAGCUCCGCCUCCUCUGGCUGGGAUGGCUCCGCCCUGAGGCUGGGUGGGUGGGGCUCCACUGACUCCAACUACGCACCUGGUUCAAGUUGGGGCGACAGCAGCAGCUCAGGGAGAACUCAAUGGCUUGUUCUCAAAAACCUCACACCUCAGAUUGACGGCUCCACUCUGAAGACCCUGUGUAUGCAGCACGGCCCUCUGAUCACAUUCCACCUCAACCUGCCGCAUGGUAACGCUGUGGUCUGCUACAGCUCCAAGGAUGAGGCUGCCAAGGCCCAAAAGAGCCUGCACAUGUGUGUUUUGGGGAACACUACUAUUCUGGCCAAGUUCGCCAGCGAGGAGGAAAUCAACCGUUUCUUUGCACAAGGGCAGUCACUGGCCACGCCCUCCUCGGGCUGGCAGGCCAUCGGCUCCUCCCACAGCAGACUGGAUCAGUCCCACCCCUUCCCUGGCCGCGCCGCCGAGCCCAGCCAAUGGAACAGCGGCGAGCUCCAUGGUUCCUCCCUGUGGGGCGGGCCCAACUAUUCCAGCAGCCUGUGGGGGAACCCCGGCGGCACCGAGGCAGGGCGCCUCAGCAGCCCCUCCCCAAUCACGUCCUUCCUUCCGGUGGACCACCUGACAGGCAGCGGCGACGCCAUGUGACCGUCAUGCGGGUCAGUGGAGAGUCCUCAAUAAUCAGCAAAAUGGCGCCGCCGCCGGCUUUCUCGCUAGUCAAGCGCGCGCCCUGUGGAAAACAAGUUACGUUUGUCUCUCUGCACAUAUGUCCACUUUUCUUUAGCCCAAAAACAUAUCAGUCGAAAUACUUGAAUCCUGCAGGCCAAUUCUAUAAUGUGAACGGAUGGAUACUUGCUUCCAGGUAGUGCUCUUUCACACCGAAAAAAGCUUCAAUCGAGCUCAUUAUUAUUAUUAUAUAUAUAUAUUUUUGUUUCAUUCGUCGUGUUUAUUUGAAUUCCAAUUCUUUUAUCGUUUUCUCUUUUUUUUUUUUGCAUUUGUUUGCUGACAAUGUUGGAGUAUGAGCUUUUUUAACUUUGCACUGAAUGUGUUUUUUUUUUUCAGUAUAUAUAUAUAUAUAUAUAUAUAUAUAUAUAUAUAUAUAUAUAUAUAUAUAUAAAAUCAAUCUGCAAUAUAGAGGGAGCAGCCAGUUUUUCCAGUGUAGCUGUUUACUCAUGAGGUCCUUACCGUGUGUGUGUGUGUGCGCGUGUGUGUGCGCUCCUCUCUUGCCUUGGCACGCCUACCUUACCGCGUUGUCGUGGAGUUUGAGAUCAACAAAUACGUUGAAGAAGAAAAGCUGACUUAGGAGGUGAUAAAAAAAAAAAGUGACAUUAAAAAGAAAAGUAUUGCACCGAUUAUUUUUUUGUUUUCAAACUAAAGAACGUUGAGCUCUGCAGUGCAAAGGACUGUAGCCGCAGCUGGGACUAGCAAGCCCUGCCUACCCUAGUGUAGGGGGCGGGCCCUAUCUAGCAAGCCCCUCCCUCACGCCCUGUAGCGGGCGCGGGCGGGGUCAGCACUUUCAGAAGAGGCUUUCAAUGUUUUGGAGGUGCCACACUGCAACCUCUUGUUUACAAGACUUAGGAGGCGGAGCGUGUGUUCAUUCUUCAUUUUCACCACAAGAUGGAGUAAAACUGAAAAAUGCAAGCAAAAAAAAACCUUAAAAAAAAAAAAACGUCAAAAAAAGUUUUAAAAUGAUAAAAUGUUUGAAAAAAAAAAAAAGCUUCUAUAAAAAUGUUAUCAUGGAUGAAGACGAUGCUUUGUAACUCUGGGAAUUCGGAUCAGUGUUUUUUGGCCAUGGUUAUUUGAAUGAUUCCUCUUUUGUCUGCUCAAUAACCAGCGAUGGUUCUCAGGAAAUCAAGCCAGUUUUCCCCACCUUCUAGUUGAUAAAAACACACACAAAAAUAGUCAAAUCCAACUUCUAGCACUGAAAAGCGUGUUUAGGUCUGUAAGUUUCUUUUCUCUGCCAAAUAACUGCUUUAAGCUGGAGAAGCUCCACACACUGCUUUCAAUAUGCUGUCUUUGGAGGGCCCAAGUGUGUGUGUGUGUGUGUGUGUGUGUGUGUGUGUGUGUGUGUGUGUGUGUGUGUGUGUGUGUGUGCGUGUGCGUGUGCGUGUGCGUGUGCGUGUGCGUGCGCGUGCGCGUGCGUGCGCGUGUGUGUGUGUGUGUGUGUGUCUUCUACAAACCAAGAGAAAGGUGAUCUAUGCAUACUGUAGCUUCUCCCCGAGAGGAGUUUUUCUUUCUUUUCCUCGAGAUGUUUUUAAAUGUUCCACUCAGUACAGCGACUUGCUUUUAAGAAAUAUUUAGCUCUCAUUGCCACAAAGUGUUUUGGAAGGAGAAAAAAAAAAGGUUGAAGAUGUUUUAAGAGUCGUCCACAUUUCAUUGCCUUGAUCCCAGUUGUGUCCGCAGAUGUCAAGUGGCUUCUACUUGUUUACAAAUAUGAUUGUAUUCUUUACACCCCCACCCAUCACGUGUGAAUGUACGUCCAACUUUCCGCUUCCGUGGGGCGCUGGGGGGCGGGGCUUAAACAGCGUCUGCGAAGCCACGGACUUUAAACGCUUGCUGAUGUUGUUGUUGACCCCACUGGAGGCUUUUUAUUGAACAAAGCGUACGUAGGAAGACACCACCUGUAUUAGCCCUGACGCCGCGCGCGCGUGUGUGUGUGUGUGUGUGUGUCAGUAUUCUACCCGCUCUCUACCAAAUAGUUGACUUAAUUCCAGUUUUGUUGCUUAAAACACUUUUUUUUUCUUACAUUGAAUCAUUCGAACAUCUAAACUUAACUGACAUGUUGAACUGAGGAGCCUUGGACUUUGCACUUUUUUGAAGUGGCUGUGUGAGCGCAGAGCAGGCAGAGUGAGUGAGUGAGUGAGUGAGUGAGUGAGUGAGUGAGUGAGUGAGUGAGUGAGUGAGUGAGUGAUAGUGAAGAAGCAGUGUCCUUCCUGUAAUGAAAUCCGGUGUACCCGCCUGACAAACAUUUGUUCUCCACUUAGUCCAAAUAAUCAAAUGUUUUGCUUCCAAAGGUGAAGAGAAGUGGUUAAAUACAAACACAAUACAGCUUGCUACUCACAAUUCUAUUUCCUUUCCAAAUCCAUUUGUCAUUCAAACCUAUUCUCCUAAUGUACAAACCCUGUUCCAUAUGAGUUGGGAAAUUGUGUUAGAUGUAAGUAUAAACAGAAUACAAUAAUUUGCAAAUCAAUUUCAACCCAUAUUCAAACGAAUGCACUACAAAGACAAGAUAUUUUAUGUUCAAACUCAUAAACUUUUUUUUUUUUUUGCAAAUAAUCAUUAACUUAGAAUUUUAUGGCUGCAACACGUGCCAAAGUAGUUGGGAAAGGGCAUGUUCACCACUGUGUUAAAUCACCUUUUCUUUUAACAACACUCAAUAAACGUUUGGGAACUCAGGAGAUCAAUUUUUGAAGCUUUUCAGGUUGAAUUAUUUCCCAUUCUUGCUUGAUGUACAGCUUAAGUUGUUCAACAGUCCGGGGUCUCUGUUGUGGUGUUUUAGGCUUGAUAAUGCGCCACCCAUGUUCAAUGGGAGACAGGUCUGGACUACUAUUAUAUAUGUUGCUCCAAUACCUGUAUGUACCUUUCAGCAUUAAUGAUACCAUCACAGGUGCUGGCUUUUGAACUUUACGCCUAUGAGAAUCCGGAUGGUUCUUUUCCUCUUUGUUCUAGAGGACACAACUGCCACAGUUUCCAAAAAUAAUUUGAAAUGUGCACUCAUCAGACCACAGAACACUUUUUCACUUUGCAUCAGUCCAUCUUAGAUGAGCUCAGGCCCAGUGAAUCCAGCGGCGUUUCUGGGUGUUGUUGAUAAAUGGCUUUUGCUUUGCAUAGUAGAAUUUGACUUGCACUUACAGAUGUAGCGGCAAACUGUAGUUACUGACAGUGGUUUUCUGAAGUGUUCCUGAGCCCAUGUGGUGAUAUCCUUUACACACCGAUGUCGCUUUUUGAUGCAAUACCACCUGAGGGAUUGAAGGUCCGUAAUAUCGUCGCUUACGUGCAGAGAUUUCUUCAGAUUCUCUGAAACUUUUGAUGAUAUUACAGACAGUAAAUGGGGAAAUCACUAAAAUUCCGUGCAACAGCUGGUUGAGAAAUGUUCUUGAACUGUUCGAUAAUUUGCUCAUGAUUUGUUUACAAAGUGGUGACCCUCACCCCAUCGUUGUUUGUGAAUGACUGAGCAUUUCACGGAGCUACUGUUAUACCCAAUCAUGGCACCCACCUGUUCCCAAUUAGGCUGCACACCUGUGGGAUGUUCCAAAUAAGUGUGAUGAGCAUUCCUCAACUUUAUCAGUAUUUAUUGUCACCUUUCCCAACUUAUUUGUCACGUGUUGCUGGCAUCAAAUUCUUAAGUUAAUGAUUAUUUGUAACAACAAAAUUUUUUUAUCAGUUUGAACAUCAAAUAUGUUGUCUUUGUAGCAUAUUCAAUUGAAUAUGGGUUGAAAAUAAUUUUCAAAUCAUUGUAUUCCGUUUAUAUUUACAUCUAACACAAUUUCCCAACUCAUAUGGAAACAGGGUUUGUACUAUUUGGCAUAUAAAUUAUGAUAAAAGCUAGUUUGAGCGAUAUGGCUGAAAACUGAACCACGAUAUCACUAUUUUUGAUCAGUCGUUAUCAAUAAUUAUUUAUAUUAUUUGACUUAUGGAAAAUAAGAAGCAGGAGAAUAGUAUAUUUUAUUUUGAAAUGUAAUUUCCUCUGAUUAUAAUCCCUUAAGUUACCAAGGCAGAAAGGUCUACACAAGCAUGGAACACACAAAAGUAAAAUCACAUUCAACACUUAACAAUGACCUCUUAAAAAUAACAAACAUGUAAGAAAUGCUUCAUAAAGUGUAAGAAAAUAGUGCAAAGUGUGAAAAUGUAAACAGAGAACUAUUUUCUGCAGGUUUAGUGGCAGGAAGUUACAGCUGUGCUCUAAAGAGUGAGUUAAGGUGGUGUGGUAGUGGUGCUCUUGCCUGGCAUCAUUUACAGACCACAUUGGUCUGACUACGGUCCCUUUGAAAACAUCCAAAAAACUCUGCAGGUCCUCCACUCUCUCUCGUUCUUGAUCUCCCUCGAUCUCUCUUGAUUUAUCUCAAUUGCUCGAUCUCUCUUGAUGUCUCUCUCUCUUUUUCAAUCUUUCUUUUUCAAUCUUUCUAUCUCUUGAGCUCGAUCUCUUGAUCUUUGUCUUUCUCAAUCUCUUUUUCACCCUUGAUCUCUCGCGAUCUCGUUUUCAAUCUCUCAAUCUGUCUUUAGCGAUCUCUAUAGCUCUUUACAAUCUCUAUCUCUCUUGACCUCUCUUUUAAAAUCUAUUUUGCAAUCUUGAUCCCUCACGAUUUCUAAUUCAAUCUUGCUCUAUCCUGAUCUCUUUUUCAAUCUUUUCAUCUCGAUCUCUAUCUAGAGCUCCUUAGAUCUCUCUCUCUCUCGAUCUCUCUAUCGCUCUGAAUCUCCCUCGAUCUCUCUCUCAAAUUCCAUUGAUCUUUCUCGAUCUCUUCUCUUGAUCUCCCUCGAUCUCUAUCGCUCUCAAUCUCCAUCGCUCUCAAUCUCCCUCGAUCUCUCUCUCAAAUUCCCUUGAUCUCUCUCUCUCUCUCUCUCUUUCUCCCUCCCUUCCUCCACCCUCCUUUUAAUAUCAGCAGUGCCCAAACGUGGAAAAAUGUGCUUAAAAAUAUUUCAUCAAGAAAAAUAUCAAAGGGUAAAACUUGUGACCCAAACUAAACAGUUAAGGAUAUUUGAAGAAGAAAACAAGAGCUUACAUCUCAUCUUUGACGCAAAAUAUUUUUUUUUUUUUAAGACAUGUUUUUAAGCAAGGUAGUGACAAUCGUUUUUUUACUUUUAUUUAUUCAAAUGAUAUCUAUCAGCGAAAUGACAACUGCACCACACACUUGCUGCACUCCCUAAUCCAAUUUCGGCCACAAAGCACAUGGCCUCGCAUGUGAAAUGUGUGAUAUCAUGUGCGAUACAAGCAGUCCUGCAGAGUGUUCACUUGUCUGCGAUACAUGCAGUCCCGCAGCGUGUUCGCUUGUGUGCGACAUCAUGUGCGAUAGAGGCAGUCCUGCAACGCGUUUACUAUUGUGUGAUGUAAGCAGUCCUGCAGCGUGUUUACUUGUGUGUGAUACCAUGUGCGGUACAAGUAGUCCUGCAGAGUGUUUACUUGUGUGAGAUAGAUCAUGUGCGAUAUAAGCAGUCCUGCAGUGUUUACUUGUGUGUGAUAUCCGGUGCGAUACAAGCAGUCCUGCAUCGUGUUUACUUGUGUGUGAUAUCAUGUGCGAUACCAGCAGUGUUUACUUGUGUGAUAUCAUGUGCGAUACAAGCAGUCCUGCAGCGUGUUAACAAAUUAACUCAAUAAGCACACAAUUUAUUCUAUUUUACUUAAGUCAUUUACUAAAGGUACACUUUCUAUGCUAUAUAGCUACUAGCAGCUACACAACAGCUAUGCACACAAAAGCAUACAAGCUAGACAUAAGUAAUAAUUAUUCAACAAUAAAAGGUGACAUUUGUCAAUACAGACAAGUAUCACAUAAUAAUAGUUACAUGUUUUUUUCCACAUAACUUAGAACUCCAAGGCACGUGUAUUAGAAAGUAUCCAGUAACAAACGUGUCCGUAUCGUUCAACUAGUGUCACCAAAACAAUUACCACUCCAACUUAAAGACAGCAUAAGUCCAUUCCAGAGGUUAAUAAUAAAUGGGUUAGUGUUUUUCAUAACUACCAUUGUUCUCUGUUAAACUCAUUUCACCUGAUCAAAACUUUUCUAACAUUCCACACUACUAAAUGAUACAAGUUAGUAUGAUUCCUGCUGAUAUUGGAUCGAUAUCGGCCAAUACUAACAGCUCCAAUCAGUUUUAUUGUAUCGAAAGUCAGAAUCGGGACACCACUAUAGGACAUGCCCUGCUGCUUCUAGCAGGACUUUAAUACUUCAUAGCAGGAAGACAUGCGCUCAUUUGCAUAUUAAUUGUGUGUGUCUGUGUGUGUGUGUGUGUGUGUGUGUGUGUGUGUGUGUGUGUGUGUGUGUGUGUGUGUGUGCGUGCACACGAUCAUGCCAAAUUGUGGUGGUAGCAAGAAGGAAAGGGAUUUCUUUGUGAGUAUAUUUAAGAAUAUUUGAGUAUUUUUGAGUAUCUUCGAGAAUAUUCUCAAAUUCGAGUAUAUUUCAGUAAAUUUGAAUAUUUUGAGUACAUUUGAAUAUAUUGAGUAUAUACGAGUGUAUUCAUGUACAUUGGAAUAUAUUUGAAAAUGUUCAAGAACAUUUUAGUAUAUUCAAGGUUAUUUCAUUAUAUUUGAGUAUAUGAGUAUAUUUCAAUAUAUACAGUAUAUAUUUUAGUAUAUUCGGGUGUAUAUUUGAGUAUAUUCGAAUAUACUGAGAACAUUCGAGUAUAUAUUUGAGUACUCAUAUUCAAAUAUACUCAGAUAUACAUAUCUGAGUAUAUUUGAAUAUAGUGAGUAUAUAUGAGAAGGAGUGUGUGAUGCUCCUCAAAGAAGAAGACUGUGAUGACUGAAGUCUUCUUGUCAAACUAACUUGUCUGGGAGCACGACUCAAACAUUUAGUGAUCACGACUAUGCAGACAUUUUGAUUUCAUCUCUACUAAAGUAAUGUUCCUCCACCGUGUCCUAGUUUUAACAUGACACGAGUCGUAGUGCUAACCAUGACAUGAGUCGUAGUGCUAACAUGACGUGAGUCGUAGUGCUAACAUGACGUGAGUCGUAGUGCUAACCAUGACGUGAGUCGUAGUGCUAACCAUGACACGAGUCGUAGUGCUAACUAUGACACGAGUCGUAGUGCAAUCCUGACACGAGUCGUUGUGCUAACAUGACACGAGUCGUAGUGCUAACCAUGACACGAGUCGUAGUGCUAACCAUGACACGAGUCGUAGUGCUAACCAUGACACGAGUCGUAGUGCUAACUAUGACACGAGUCGUAGUGCAAUCCUGACACGAGUCGUUGUGCUAACAUGACACGAGUCGUAGUGCUAACCGUGACAAACGUGACUUAGGAACAGCAGUUGUAGCAGGAAAUUGGGGGAGGGGCAAGGUCUGGUUAGGCUUUUCGAAGUCCUUACGUUUCUUGUUCAUGGUCCUCCAUAAGACUCUUGUUUCUUGUUCAUGGUCCUCAACAAGACUUUGGGUCGCGAGGACCGCUGACGGUGCACAUUUGACACAGCUGGUACGGAAAGGGGCGGUUGGAUGUUUUAUGCACACGACUUAGUUCCACGUAAGUAACGUGGAGAAUCAGGCGGGAAGCGACUUGACUUUCCAAGGUCUUCCUGGGCGCAGCAAAGGGUUUUAAAGAUUUGUGUUGAGUUUUUGUGGGGUCUGCACUUUUUGAAGGACAAUCUUAAUUAGGUAAAUGCAUCCUUGGCCUGAGGUGUCACCACAACUCCAAGAUGAAUGUGUCCUCCUUUGCUUCCUUGGAAUAUUUUUACUCCUUUUUUGUUGCUUGGUUUGUUCAGUAUUUGUUCUCCUUUAUUCCUCUGGAUUUUAGUGCUCUCACGUGUACUAAAGUGUAGCUAGUAGUCUUCUGUCGGCUGUACUCGUACUGAUUACUGUUUGUAACCUCUGGCCCUGCAGCCAGCAUACAAAGCUGUAGAACUUGGGUACAACCCUCAAUAAAAGACUAACAAUCACA